AUGAAGGUCUUUCCCACGAUGGUUAAGGAACAAACCUUCAGUUUGUCCGAACUGGUCACAGUGGUGGAGCUUUUGCGCGAUCAACUAUUUCUCACACAUGCCCAUGCUGAGGCUGGUGUUAACCUCCCUGACUAUGUGGAGGAAGCGCUAGCAGUAGGCUACUGCCCAGUUUCCCUUAGCAACAGUCCAGACCUACCUGAAGGAGGAGAUGAGGCUCAGAGUGUCACAGACACAAGUUCCUUGACCAGCGUGGCUACUAUAGGCAAUGUUGCACCUCCUGCAGCAGCUGGUGUUGCAGCUACCAAUGCUGCGCCACCCCCAGUCACCAUUGCUGCUGCUACAUCUCUCACCACCACUGCUCCACAUCACGGGAGUACUUCUGCUUCGGCCCGCUGGUACAUCAUUACUGUUGGACGUGAGACCGGUGUAUUUCAAGGCUGGCAUAAUGUCCAUUCACAUGUAGUAGGCGUUCCUGGAGCUUGUUUUGGACGGUACACCUCUCGUGCUAGUGCAGAUGAGGCAUAUGCCCAGGCGCUGCAAGAUGGCACUGUGCAGGAGUUGCCACUCUGA